AUGGAAUGGGUAUCAAUGCUUGCCGUGCUUACAACAGUCACAUCUGUUCUAUGCCAGCUUGUGGGAGUAGAAAUAUGUUUUAGGAUUGUCCGGCAAAGAAGUACAGGUGAUGUGUCUGCAGUUCCUUUCAUUGCAUUCUUUGUCAGUGCUGUGGUAUGGGUGAAGUAUGGACUGAUGACAGACAAUAAGAAUGUGAUCCUCACCAGUGGCCAAGCAACCAUUCUACAGUUUUUAUACAUCUGUAUCUACUACGCUUACACUUCUCAGAAGCGAUUCCUCACUGGCAUGAUUCUAAUAGGACUCAUAGGUUUAGUUGUUCCAUUUGUCUACGUGACCUACUUUGAGAAUGAGGCUGACAUAGCUGUGCGCAAUCUUGGACUGUACUGCUGCUUUCUUAGUGUCAUUGUUUAUGCUUCACCUUUAGCGACAUUGACGGAAGUGGUGAAAGAAAGAUCAACUCAUUCUAUAUCACUGCCUUUAUGUUUCUUCAACUUUCUGUGUGCAGUAGAGUGGACAUUGUAUGGACUAGCAAUCAGUGACCAAAUGUUGACAAUUCCUAAUGCUCUUGGAGUAGUGCUGGGGCUCGUUCAGUUCUUCCUGUUUUGUUUUUAUGGAUGUCAGCAUAAAAGUUCUAAACCUAUUUUAGGUUGA